AUGGCCGCCGACGACGACCUCGCGCCGAAGCGCGUCGCCGUGGCCGGCGCCGCGGCCAACGGCGGCAACUUCGACGGCGUCGCCCUGCUCGAGGGCCGGCUCUACCUCUGCCCCUACAACGCGGACUUUGUCGUCUGCAUCGACCCCACGGGCGACGUGCUCGGCUGCUACGAGCGGCCCGGCGAGUCGCCGGCGGUCGUGGACCCGUCCACGGGCUACAGCGUGUCCUACUACGACCUGCCCGCCCCCUUGCGGGGCGGCGAGAAGUGGAGCGGCAUCUGCGCGUGCCGCGGGAAGCUCUUCUGCGCGCCCGCGACGGCGCCCGGCGUGCUCGUCGUCGACCCGGGCGCGAGUCCGCCCGUGCGCAGCAUCGAGGGCGGCCGCGGCGGCGGCGGCCACAUGUGGGACGGCAUCUGCGUCUGCAACGGGCGGCUCUACUGCGCCCCGUUCGACGCGCGGUCCGUCCUCGCGAUCGACCCGAUUACCGAAGCCGCGGGCACGAUCGACGUCUCGGCCGUGAGGCAGGGCGCGGGCAAGUGGUCCGGCUGCGCGGCGGCCUGCGGCAAGGUCUUCUGCGCGCCCCACAACGCCGGCGUCGUCCUGGUCAUCGACGCGCACGACGGCGACGCGGUGUCGUCGAUCGACUGCGGCUACGCGGGCAACCAGAAGUGGAGCGGCAUCUGCGCGUCGCGGGGCAAGCUCUACUGCGCGCCCUUCAACGCCGCGAGCGUCCUGUGCGUCGACCCCGCGCGCCUGUCGAUGCGGUGGAUCGAGACGGGCGCGUCCUCGCCGGCGAAGUACCGGUGCAUCGCCGCGGCCGGCGGCCGCCUCUUCUGCGCGCCCUACUCGUCGCCGCACCUGCUCGUGGUCGCGCCGGGCCAGAACGGCGUCGACGACGCCGACGGCGUGCGCUUCGCGGACUGCGGGCCGGGCGGCGACGACGCCGCGGCGCUGUUCGACGCCGGCGGCGCGCUCGUCGUGGACCAGCGCGCGGGCGACGCGCCGCCGUCCCUCGAGGCCCAGCUCCGCGAGGCCGCGGAGGCCAUCGCGUGCGUGUCGUGCGCGGGGGCCAACGAGCCCGCCGUCGCGCUCUGCGACGCGCCCUCGGAGUUCUUCGACGCCGCGGCGCCGCCGCCGCGGCCCAAGUUCCACUACGAGACGGCCUGGGAGGAGGACCGCGCCGCGCCGGCCGCCGCGGAGGAGGACGCGCCCGAGGACUACACGGACGUGCCCCUCGUCGACGCGAAGCUCGCGCUCCGGGACGCGUUCGACGCCUACCCGCCCCUGAAGCCCCUGCCCCCGGGGCUCACGGCCGACGUCUAA